AUGAAGUUCUUCAUAGAUGACCUCCCUGUGUAUUUUCCCUAUGAUAAGAUCUACCCUGAGCAGUAUUCGUAUAUGUGCGACUUAAAGAAGGCUCUUGAUGCUCAGGGUCAUUGUUUGUUAGAAAUGCCUUCGGGGACAGGGAAAACUGUAUCCCUUCUCUCGCUCAUCGUAGCUUACAUGAUGCAUUAUGCUGAAAAGAGAAAGCUAGUCUAUUGCUCUCGAACAGUACCGGAAAUUGAAAAGGCGUUAGCAGAGUUACAGAAUCUAAUGCAGUAUCGGGAAAGUUGCGGAUUAAAAGAAAAGUUUUUGGGCAUCGGACUGACAUCCAGAAAAAAUCUAUGUCUACAUCCCAGAGUGAGUAAGGAAAAGAAGGGAAAAACAGUAGAUGCCAAAUGCAAGGGUUUAACUGCAACAUGGAUAAGGGAGAAAGCGAACACUGCAGAUAUCGAGUUGUGCGGUUUUUAUGAGGAACUUCAACAAGCUGAUCGACAAAACUUAUUGCCUGACGGUGUAUACACUUUGGAAGAUCUGCGGGAUUACGGGAGAGAGCAAAAAUAUUGUCCAUACUAUUUGGCUCGUUACCUCAUACCCUUUACUGACGUUAUAAUAUACAGCUACCAUUACUUGCUUGAUCCGAAAGUUGCGGAAUUGAUAUCAAAAGAAUUAUCAAGAGACUGCAUCGUUGUAUUUGACGAAGCACACAACAUUGAUAACGUCUGCAUUGAGUCGCUAAGCAUUGACAUAACGAAACCGAAUUUGGAUGCUGGCGCGAGAAGUAUCAGUCAACUAGCUAAUAGGAUUGAACAGAUAACACAAACAGAUGCACGGAAAUUACAGGAGGAAUAUACGAGGCUGGUCGAAGGUUUACGGGAAGCUAAUCGAAAUCGUGAAGAGGAGGUUUUCAUGGCUAAUCCAGUGUUACCUGAUGAUUUACUCAAAGAAGCAGUUCCUGGAAACAUAAGACGUGCCGAGCAUUUUGUUGCUUUUCUGAGACGAUUUGUCGAAUACCUAAAGACACGAAUGCGUGUGCAACAGGUUGUCGCAGAGACACCGGCAUCAUUCUUGAAAAGUCUAAGAGACGCCACGUUCAUUGAACGAAAGCCAUUGAGAUUCUGCAGCGAACGAUUGACCUCAUUGAUCCGCACACUUGAGUUAACAGACCUCGAAGAACUAUACGCUUUACAGAAAAUAUCUUCAUUUGCUACGUUGGUCGCGACUUAUGAUAAAGGGUUCAUGCUUAUUCUUGAGCCUUUUGAGGCUGAUACUAUUCCAAAUCCAAUCCUUCAUCACGCAUGCCUUGAUGCUUCUUUGGCAAUAAAGCCUAUAUUUGAUCGCUUCAGAUCUGUUAUUAUUACAUCAGGAACAUUAUCACCACUGGAUAUGUAUCCAAAAAUGCUGUCUUUCCAAACAGUGGUGCAAGAAAGUUAUGCAAUGACGUUGACAAGAAACUGUUUUUUACCUCUGGUAAUUACUCGAGGAAGCGAUCAAGUGGCAAUUAGUUCAAAAUUUGAAGUACGCAACGAUCCAGCUGUUGUCCGUAAUUUUGGACAAAUUCUUGUAGAAUUUUCCAAAAUUGUUCCUGAUGGGAUCGUUGCUUUCUUUCCAAGUUAUUUAUAUAUGGAAUCGAUUGUCUCUAUGUGGAAUGAAAUGGGAAUAUUGAACGAGGCGUGGAAACGAAAAUUAAUAUUUGUGGAAACACCUGACGCAACAGAGACAACUCUCGCCCUGGAGAAUUAUAGACUGGCAUGCGAUAAUGGACGUGGGGCAAUACUUUUGUCCGUUGCUCGAGGUAAAGUCUCUGAAGGAAUCGACUUUGACCAUAAUUACGGACGUGCUGUGGUUAUGUUUGGGGUUCCAUAUCAGUAUACUGAAAGUAGAAUAUUAAAGGCGCGUCUGGAAUUUCUUCGCAUGAACUAUCGAAUACGUGAGAAUGAUUUCCUCACCUUUGACGCUAUGCGACAUGCAGCACAAUGUGUCGGACGUGUGCUGAGAGGGAAGACCGACUAUGGAUUGAUGAUAUUUGCCGAUAAGCGCUUCGGCCGAACAGACAAAAGAGCAAAGCUUCCAAAAUGGAUUAAUCAAUAUAUUUCUGAAACAGCCACAAAUCUUUCCACGGAUAUGGCUAUAGUGAUUGCGAAAAAAUUCUUACGCUCCAUGGCUCAGCCGUUUGAACAUAAUCAAUUGGGAAUAUCGCUAUUAACAAUAGAAGAUAUUGAGGCUAGACAGAAGGCUGCGAAGGGUGGUCAGGAGCCGGAUAAGCAAGGACAAGGAGGGCAGAGACACGGUCAGGUUGCUAUGGAAAUAGAUGGAAAAUGA